CAUUCCUCAUCGCCAUACAAACCUUUUGUCAAAGAGAAUGUUUGCGGCAAAACAAUAACAUUACUUGUAUUUAGUUGUAUUCAUUCCACUUUGGAAUUUAUUCUUUGUUCAAUUUUUUUCACAUGGCCAAUCACACAUAUGCGACAAUUUAUUCGUACCUUAAAUAGUAAGCGAAACUGCGGAAUCCAGCAAGGUACAACUACACGCAUGCGGUACGGUUAAACUGAACCAAAGAACAAUAGAGAGCUUCGAGAUACUUCUGAGCUGAAUGAGGGCGGUGGGUGUCGUCCUCAUACGACGCUCACGCGCCAAAGCCGCAUUUUAGAGCAGGUUGGACCCCAGGUUACGGACGGCCAUGGCGGGAGCCUCGUGCCCAUUCUGUGGCUAUGAGGCCAAGACUGAGUAUGAUAUUCUUUACCACAUGGAAGACCUACAUUCUGAAGGAAACUCUCCCUUUAUUCCUACGGAUGCCCACCCUGUAGACGCCACCCAGGAAGGGCAUCCCUCUAGGUCCUCCCAAGCCAUGGAAGACGUCGGAUACGUCGAGUGUCCAAUAUCCGAAUGCGGAGAAACUGUCCCCAUGGCGGAGCUGGAUGGCCACUUGGAGUUGCAUAGCAUGGAAGAAAGUGACAGAGAUUCUCACGUGGACAGCCCGGCCUGGAAAUGGGAAGGAGCCACGGAGCCUGCGGACUCCAAGUUUGACACUAGCCUUCCAACAGCACUGCGGAACCUCGACGAGGGCUCUGAUCCUCCUCUACUGUCUGCAGUAGAUCGUCAAGCCAAAGCCAAAGAAAGCUGGCGAGGAAUUUUAAACAUGCCGAAGUCAAUAGUGACACCGCACGUCGCAACGAAGUCAAAGUCUGGCAAGGGUCGCCUUGGGACGGCUGAACUCGGCCCCCACGCCUACGAAGACAAGAUGCCCGCAUGGCUCCACAACCUCCUGUUGUCGGACGGAAUGCCAAGAACCACAACGAAGCUCAACUCCAGCGGAGGAAUCAAGACGGUGAAAAAAAUAGGAAACUAUGUUCCAGGCGUCCUGACUGUUCUCGAAACGCUCAUUGAGCAGGAUCCAGAUACGGAGUAUGCCUAUACUUGUCAUCCGUCGGUCGAACACGUUUCGAAACUGAAGAACGAAGGCGGCUUCUGCGGCUAUAGAAACAUACAAAUGCUGACUUCAUAUAUCGUCAACAAUCGAUCUCAAGGGUGUUACCAUUUCAAGGAAAAAAUGCCAACAAUUUUCCAGAUUCAGGAGUUUAUUGAGCAUGCCUGGGACGUGGGGAUAAAUACAGUGGGCCGUGCCGAGACGGGUGGGAUUAUAGGAACUCGAAAGUAUAUUGGGACGCCAGAGGCUCAGGCGAUGCUUCGAAGUCUUGACAUUGAUUGCGAUGCCCAAGCAUUCAAGACCGAUGGGAAACUAGCCGCAGAUGAGAUACUGAUGGGAAACGUUGAAGAGUACUUCCGUGCUAGUGGUGUUGAUAGCACCUCUAAGAUUAGGAGGACACAGUUGCCUCCAAUUUACUUUCAGCAUCCAGGCCAUUCCAUGACCAUCGUAGGCAUUGAGAAGAAGCUUGAUGGGUCUAAAAACCUUCUCGUCUUUGACCCAAUGUUCCAUGACGCCCCGGACGUCAUCAAGCUUAUUGGGAAGACGUCUUGGUCGGUGAAAAAUCCAGCAGAGUUCUUGCGAGCAUACAGGCGAAACAUGAAGUAUUUAAAAAAGUACAGGGCCUUUGAGGUUUUGAGAUUGCGGCCGCCUGCGUUGACCUCCCUUCCCAAUUGAUAUCGACACCGAAGAUAUGCGAAUUUGAGGCUGCAUGGCUUUGUGGAUUGUUUUUUGCUUUGCUAUGAUUUCAAGGCACCAGCGCUUCAUACGGUGUAUGCUUUUGGCUCGGUCCAACGCAUCAGUAGCGCGCUUCAUGUGCUAGAUAGAUUAUACAAUUGAAUGCACUCACAUUACCAUGGCC